AUGUCAAAGCAUAUCGCACUCCUGUCGGUGUAUGACAAGACUGGAUUGCUCGAGCUUGCAAAGGGACUGCAGGAACAGGGCGUGAGGCUCUUGGGUUCAGGCGGGACUGCGAAGAAGAUUCGGGAUGCUGGGAUCCCCAUUGAGGAUGUGUCCGACAUCACCCACGCACCGGAGAUGCUAGGCGGGCGUGUGAAGACUCUUCACCCUGCGGUGCACGGGGGGAUCCUCGCCCGCUCCAUCCCCUCCGACUCUACUGACCUCCAAGCGCAAGGCAUCGCCCUCAUCAGCAUAGUGGUGUGCAACCUGUACCCGUUCUCUCAGACGGUGGCUCAGCCGAACUGUACGCUCGAAGGAGCUGUAGAGGAGAUCGAUAUAGGAGGAGUGACACUACUUCGCGCCGCGGCGAAGAACCAUGCGCGGGUGUCGGUGCUCUCCGACCCAGCGGACUACGCCGAGUUCCUCGCUUCGUGGAAAACGGGUACAGGGGACGUAGGGCAGAAAAUCAGGAGCUCCCUCGCGCUCAAGGCGUUUGAGCAUACCGCCGCGUACGACGAGGCGAUCAGCGGCUACUUCCGGGAGCAGUACGCUUCUGCCGACCUGCCGGCUGAGAAGCUCGCCGGAGAAGUCCAGAGGAUCCCCCUCCGGUACGGGGCAAACCCCCACCAGAAGCCAGCACAGGCGUUCGUCAAGUCCGGUGAACUCCCUUUUGCUGUCCUGGCCGGCGCACCGGGGUAUAUCAACCUGCUCGACGCGCUGAACAGCUGGGCACUGGUAAAGGAGCUGCAGGAAGCGCUCGGCCUCCCAGCAGCCGCUAGCUUCAAGCACGUCUCUCCUGCUGGUGCGGCUGUAGGCCUAGAAUUGGACGAGACGGAAAAGCAGGUGUAUGGGGUUGACGACCUCAAGGAGCCUCUGACCCCGCUUGCGUGCGCCUACGCCCGUGCCAGGGGAGCAGACCGCAUGUCCUCCUUCGGGGACUUUAUCGCCCUCUCCGCUCCAUGCGACCUGGCAACGGCGAAGAUCAUCUCCCGGGAAGUGUCGGACGGGGUCGUCGCUCCCGGGUAUACGCCAGAGGCGCUCGAAGUACUGAAGAAGAAGAAGGCGGGGAAAUACUGUAUCCUCCAGAUGGACCCUACAUACGUUCCCCCCGAGGCAGAGGUGCGCCAGGUGUACGGAGUCUACCUCCAGCAAGGGCGCAAUACGGCCAAGAUCACCCCGGAGCUGUUUGGGAACAUCGUCACGAAGAACAAGGAGCUCCCCAAAGCAGCAGUAAUCGACCUGAUCGUUGCAACCCUCGCGCUCAAGUACACCCAAUCCAACAGCGUCGCCUACGCCCUGCACGGUGCAAUCAUCGGGCUCGGCGCAGGCCAGCAAUCGCGUAUCCACUGCACACGUCUCGCCGGUGCGAAAGCGGACAACUGGUGGCUCCGGCACCAUCCUCGUGUCCUCGCUUUACCCUUCAAGAAGGGGACGAAGCGUGCGGAUAAGGCGAACGCUAUCGACCUCUUCGUCACUGGGGAGAAGCUCGAGGGCGCGGAGAAGGCCCAGUGGGAGGGGCUGUUCGACAGCGUCCCCGGCCCAUUAAGCGAGCAAGAAAAAGAACGGUGGAGCACCAAGUUGUCCGGCGUUGCAUGCUCCAGCGACGCCUUCUUCCCUUUCCCGGACAACGUCCACCGGGCGAGGAAAAGCGGGGUCAACUACCUCGCUGCUCCCGGCGGAAGCGUGAUGGAUGCCGAGUGUGUGAAGGCUGCGGACGAGUAUGGGGUCGUCUUUGCGCAUACUAGUCUGCGCUUGUUCCAUCAUUAGAUUAGGCUGUACCAGAAUACAGGAAUGCAGAAAUCAAUACGUGCG